AUGGAUAGAGAGUCACUUCUUGUGGCAGUUUCUGCUCUCCUGGACCCAACCAUCGAUAAUAAUCGACGAAAUGAAUGUUUCAUAUUGACAGAGAAUUACAAAAAUGAGCAAUUCCAAUUCGCCGAUGUUGACUUUCUGUGCAAUCCAAAUCAGCCUUCAGUUAUCAUACUUUUUGGACUUCAAUGUUUAGAUCAUUACCUAAAAAAUCAUUGGAAUGAGAUCAGCUUUCAUACGAAAUCCAGCCUGAAGAAAAAUAUUUUUGGACUUUCAAGAGAAAUUAAUAAUUUUCGGUUUUCUAGAGAAGAAAUGCGUGCCUUCAGUUUAAUGUUGAGUCAAAUUAUUGUUUUCCUUAUCAAAUGUGAAUGGCCUCAACAAUGGCUUACUAUGUUACCUGAAUUGCUCUCUCUUGGAAAGAUAGGAAUUCCUCAAACUAAAUUAGUGCUAAAUUCGUUCUUAAGACUGUAUGAAGAUGUUGUACACUUCCAAGAUGUCCCACCAUCUCGACGACGUGACAUUUUAACAAGUCUGAAUGACAACUUGUCCGAGAUAUUUGUCUUCGCUCUUGAUAGUAUUGUGGAUAGACUCUUACUCUUAGAUUCCAAUUCAUUUAUGGAUUGCGAUUCAGUCGAGGUUUGUCGCGAGUCACUGUAUACAUUGGGAGGAUUUCUCGAAUCAUGUCGUCUAAGUGUCUUAACUUCUUGGACCCCUUCAGAUAUGACGAUCAAAAACCUCAAUCUUAGUCGCACCUUGCCAUUUCUGAGUUUAAUCACUACUCUUGUUGGAAUUCGGAGUAUACAAAGUGAUGCUUUAAGUUUGAUAGAUAUCUUGCUAUCCAGAAAAAUACAACCAGGAUCCGAAAUUCCAGAUUCGUAUGGCCCAACUAUUGCUGAUAGUUUUCUGAAAGAACCUUUGGGGUCUUCAUCUCCGUGCAAUAAUCUUAUAAAAAUCUUAUGUGCUACUUUGUCCGAAAAUCCUGAGUAUUCUGAUGAACGUUACAACUUCUUAAGGCUAUUCGGUGAUAUUGUAAUCCAUAUUGGUUGUCAUAUGGUUAUCCAUUGGAAGGAGUAUUCAUAUGAAUCCACUCUAUGCAGCUGUUUAAACCAUGGUGUCUGUGAAUGUCCAAAUUUACCAUCACAUCUCAUCCAAACAACUUUACGUUUGACUGCCUAUCCAAUUCAUGUGAUAUCGGCGUGCACAAACAAAUUUUGGAUCACUGUUCUCCGUUCAGAUGAAGAAUCUCUACUAAAGCUAACUGAACUGUUUGCGGACGACUUAUUUAGCAUAUGGCGAAAAAAUUCAUUAAAAGUUGGUCAACCAUCUGGCACUGGUAUUCAAAGUGAAUGGAACCGAAGAAUUUUCGAGACCGAUGAUCAUACUAGCUUUUUUUCCCGCUACCGACAUGAUCUAGUAAAGUGUUUAUCGGCUGGAGCAUCUUGUUGGCCUCAGAAGUUUCUACCUUUGUGUAUAUCAUGGAUUGAAACACUAACGCAAACGAGUCCUUCUUGUCAAGAUUAUGAUCAAACAACCGGAUUCCUGUUAGCCACUUCACCUCUCUUACUCGAAUGGGAAGCAUUAGAUUCAUUUCUAGAACCAUGCCUAUCAGCAGUUGAACAAUCAUUAACAACUCGUCAUAUUGAUAUGGAUGUUAGUUCAAAAGUGAAAAAUCUGAUUCAUGGGAUUUUACAAUCUUCAACUAAUAUGGAUCCACUUAUUAGAGCUAAACAUUUAGCUUGUUUGUCCAUGUUAUUACAACAUAUUGAUUCAAAUAGUGAUUCGGAACUUUUGGUGCCUUUUUUAGACAAGAUAUUUGAAUCCUUAAACUCUUGUCCUGCUGUGGAUGAAUCCCGAUCUCCAAUUGGUACACUUGAUUUUGUAAAUAGACCACGGCAAGUUAAAACUAUGCACUUAGCAUCUGCAACAUCAUUUCUUCGUUUCACUCGUGCUCAUCCGAUUCGAAUAAUGCCUUAUUUCGAUAAAAUAUUGAAUGAAGUAAACAAACUUUGGAUGGGGAGAAUUUGUGGAAGUAUGGAGAAAAGCAUUCUUUUAGAAGCUUUAGUGAUACUUGGCUUUCGUGUUCCUCAGCCAAUCAAUGUACAGUUCGAUUUCCUUCAAAGUUUGCUUUUUAAUGUUUAUGGUCCAUGGUGUGGCCAAGAUCCUAACAAUGUCAUACCACUUUCAGAAUUAUUGCGUGCAUGUGAAUCUGGGGCACCUGGUUUAAUUUCAGUUUUGGGUCUUGAUAAAUCUUCUGACCAAUUGGAGAACUUUGAAUCUCCACAUGUUCAAACCCGAAUAAAUUUAAGUCACAACGUUCGUUCUUUACUGGCUGUUUGUAGACGUCUUGCAGAACCGUGCAAUCAUCAGCAGCUUGAAAAUAUUUCCCUACCCAUCUUGGAACCGGUUUUGUCACCAGUUUUACGUGUUCUUCGAGCAUUUAACGAACUUUGGCUACCGGAAUCACUAAAACUAGUGCACCCAACCUUGCUUCCUGUAUUGCAACAUACAGAUGAAAUUCAACUGUGUUCGUUAAAUUCCCAAUUCCAAAAUUUACUCAAAUCUGUAAAUGCUGCAAAUCCUUCGUUGCAUCAUUUGCGUAAUAUUCUCAAUGAAUGUCAUGAAAAUCUAAUGGCGAUAGUUGGCUUUUUAUUUAUUGCAUUGGGAUCAAAGUUCUAUCUUUUGCCGACUGAGCAAAUAAGAAUCGCAUUGCACGAUGGUUGUUGUGCUGCAUUUGAACAUCUGCCCGACCUCAAGCUGAAUGGUCUUUUACGAUCUAUUCUUCGUCCCUUUAUCCGUCAGUGUCCUAGGCAAUAUUUCGAAACAGCUAUCAUUCCUUUGGUCCCACCAAUAAUUGAAGCUGCUAUCAAGAGAACUGGAGCAAGAUGGGAUGAAUUAAUCAUGACAGAUGGACGUAACUGUGAAAAUGAAGAAGCAGUUGCAGCUGAACUUGUACUGGACAGAUCAACUCGUUUGUUGAGUCGAACAUGUUUGGAUAUAUUGCGCCUGAUUUACACUUUUAAUGGCUAUGAAAUAUCUGAACAACUUAACAGUCCGAAGGAAGAUGGUAGAGAGUUCGAUGAAGAUAAUGAUGAUGUAGACAUGUCAGAAACAUUAGGCGCAAAUGGGCAGUCAGGUGCAAGUAAUUCACUUGGACAUUUGGGAAAAUUGUUGAUAAAACUGCUUUCUGUGUCAUCGGAACCACACUAUAAUGCACAAAAUCUUCCUUCAGAUCCUUUGUUCUUACGUUCACUAACGAAAGUUUUGGCUUGGCCUGAUACUUCAAUCUGCUCUAAAGCUGCACAGUGGAUAUCAACUCUGAUUGAGAUGCUGACCAAUACUGUCACUCAGACCAAUUGUGGUCCAAAAAUUGCUACUGCACAUUUACCUGCUGAUAUUGCAGAAUUUAUUUUAUUCGGAAUCUUAUGUGGUUUACAUGUAAAUGGUAAAAAUGCAGAAAAUGCUUUAAAUUGUCUAUUAUACGCUGGAAUUAAAACGUAUCUAGCUGUGGAUAUUAUUGUGGCCAGACAAAAUUUACGAUCUGUUAUGACUCGUGUUUUAAUGGAUACAUUAGGCGGUGAUAAAAUUAAAGAAGUUCAAAUACAACAACAACUGCAAAUUUUUGAGGAGAAAAUGUUUGGUAACCAAAACAGACCAACAACAAUGCGGGCUAGGCGUGAUGCUUUUAAAAAAAUUGUUGAUCCUAUUAUUGGAGUUCCUCUCAGCCAACGUUUUCGUAAUGAAUUUCAAAUACACAAUAUACCUCCUCUACACCGACCUAAGUGGCUUCGCACACGUGAGAACAAGAAUGCGUCUUACAUUGAAAACGAUUUCGGUCUUACAAAUCUGUUUGCCAAUGGAACUAGCUGA